ACUUGAAUUACCAUUCUGCCAUCAUCCUCUCUUCCAUAAUUACCCCUUCUCCCUCAGUUUCACUCUCCUCCUUCAAUGCAUUGCGCGCACACAUACACAUACUAUACAUAAAUAUAACACAAAAACUGCAACUCCUCUGUACCAGUAUAAAUAUUUUAUACCUCAAGGACCCCUUUUAUAAACAACCCAGAAACCGGAAUCAUCUCUUUCACCAUUUCUCUCUCACACAGCAAGUGCUAGCUUGAUGUGGGGAUUGCCUUUCUUUUUAUUAUCUGUAGCGAAUUAGCAUUAAGUUUGUUUUUGGCUCUAAAGAUGAGGGUCAGAGAAAUGCAUCCAUUAUGCUGCAUCUCACUAGAGAGUCCAGAUAUCGGGAGCCAAUCACCGGAUGCAACGUUGACUCGAGCAAGAUCGUUGCCGGCGACAUUUUCCGGCGGAUCUAACGGCAAUGUAGGGGGGAAAGCGGCGGGAUCGGAGGCGACGGUGGCUGGGGUGCUGUAUAAGUGGACGAAUUAUGGGAAAGGGUGGAGAUCGCGGUGGUUCUUGUUGAAAAAUGGUGUGCUUUCUUACUCGAAGAUUCGUCGGCCGCCGGAGAGUAUUAAUCUGUGUGAUGAUGUUAGAUUGAUUGGAGAAAUAUCGACGAAUCGAUUAUUGAGAUGGGAUAGUCGUGGCAGUGGAAGACAGAAACCGCAAAAAACUGUUGGCACUGUCCAUCUAAAGCAGAUCUCAUCAUUUCGUGAGAGCAAGUCCGAUGAUAGGCGGUUUUAUAUAUUUACAGCUACAAAGACACUUCAUCUGAGGACUGAUUCAAAGAGAGAUAGAGUAGCCUGGAUACAAGCCUUGGUCUCAACCCGGAGCCUCUUUCCAUCAAGAUCGCUAAAUGAUAGUCUCUCCCUUGUAUCACAUGAUCUGUCUAUCUCAACUGACAGGCUUAAAAAACGUUUACUUGAAGAGGGUAUCAAUGAGAACCUUGUAAAGGAUUGCGAGCAGAUCAUGCUAUCCGAGUUUUCUGAAGUACAAGGACAAGUUAAAGUUCUUUGUGAAGAACGGUCCAAUUUGCUAGACACAUUAAGGCAAUUGGAGGCAGCUAAUAUCGAGGCUGAAACCGCAGGAAUUCCAGAUGGUGAAUAUCAAUUGACAAAGCAUGAAUUUUCAAGUUUAGGACGUGGAAAAUAUAGUGAAUAUAGCACAACUGAAUCAUCUGAUGAUAUUGAGAAACAAGAGCUUGAGGAAGUGUCAGAUGAAGAUGGAACCUCCUUUUAUGACACAAAAGAAUAUUUUACUGAACCGACAUCAAUGACAGAAGCUGCAAAGUACUCAGAGAAGCAUAGGAGAUUUAAUCAACUUGAUAGUGAAGAGAAAAUGCGUGCUGAUAAGCAAGUUUGUAGUUCUGGAUAUCCACAUAUUGAAAGGCGAAAAAAGCUUCCUGACCCGGUUGAGAAAGAGAAAGGGGUCAGUCUGUGGUCUAUGAUCAAAGACAAUGUGGGGAAGGAUCUCACACGAGUUUGUCUCCCUGUUUACUUUAAUGAACCAAUAUCCUCUCUUCAGAAGUGCUUUGAGGACUUGGAGUACUCCUAUCUUUUGGACAGAGCCUAUGAGUGUGGAAAAGCAGGGAACAGUGUCCUAAGGAUCCUAAAUGUUGCUGCUUUUGCCAUCUCUGGAUAUGCUUCCUCUGAAGGCCGGCACUGUAAACCCUUUAAUCCUUUGCUAGGAGAAACUUAUGAAGCUGACUUUCCUGAUAAAGGAGUUCGUUUCUUCUCUGAAAAGGUUAGUCACCACCCAACUCUCAUUGCCUGCCACUGCGAAGGUAGAGGGUGGAAAUUCUGGGGUGACAGCAACCUCCGCACAAAAUUUUGGGGGCGGUCAAUUCAGCUCGACCCUGUUGGAGUUCUGACCGUCGAGUUUGAUGAUGGUGAAAUAUUCCAGUGGAGCAAGGUCACAACAACGAUUUAUAAUCUUAUCCUUGGAAAAGUGUAUUGUGAUCACCAUGGGAUGAUGCAUAUACAAGGAAAUCGACAGUAUUCAUGCAAACUCAAAUUCAAAGAACAAUCUAUUCUUGACAGAAAUCCUCACCAGGUCCAAGGGUUCGUUGAAGAUGUUUCAGGUAAUAAAGUAGCUUCAUUAUUUGGGAAGUGGGACGACAGCAUGCAUUAUACUACUGGCGAUGGCACUGGCAAGUCAAAGGAUCGCAUUACCUCAUCUAAUGCCACCUUGCUUUGGAAAAGUAAUAAGCCACCUCCUAAUCUGACUCGGUACAACUUGUCAUCAUUUGCUAUAACUCUAAAUGAAUUAACGCCAGGACUCCAGAUUAAGGAGAAGCUCCCGCCCACGGAUUCCAGGCUGAGACCAGACCAGCGGCAUUUGGAGAAUGGGGAAUAUGAAAAAGCAAAUGGAGAGAAACAGCGGCUGGAGAAGAGGCAAAGAAUGUCAAGGAAAUUACAAGAGCAUGGAUGGAAGCCAAGAUGGUUCCAAAAGGAAGGUGAAAAUGGAUCUUUCCGCUAUGUUGGUGGCUACUGGGAAGCCCGAGAGCAGGGAAACUGGGAUGGAUGUCCAAAUAUAUUUGGCGAGUUCAAUGAAGAACUUGUGGAAUCUUCUGAAGGGCCUUGACUUGAUGGAGAAAGGGUUGUCACAGAGCAAGCUGUGGACAUCAAUUUGGUUUGGGUUGUUCCAGAUUCCAGCCACUUUCAAAGGUUGUAGUCCAAGGUUGACAAAGUUUUUCCUGUGGACACUUAGCGAGCGAGCACCUUAAUUUUUCAGUUUACAGAGGAUGGACAGGAUAGGGCCAUUUCCUUGUAGCAUUCGUAAUUUUCUGCUAUAAGGUGCUAUUUGUGUAAUGUAGUCUCUCUCUCUCUCUCUCUCUCUCUCUCUAUUUGUUACAGUUCUUUGAACUACACCAGCCAUUGGCUGGAAAUCUUAUUUUGAUAUUUAUUUAUAUUUCUGUCAGAAAUAAAAGAAAAAGGAAAUGUAUUAUUGCCA